GCGUCUCGCUUCUCCUCCAAACUUGCUGUACUAUGUCUGACAUCGAAGAGGACACAUAUCAAAACGGGAACUACGAUGCCCACGAGGAAGAUGGUGCGGACGGUGUAGAGCAAGACACACAACAAGGAGAUGAGACGCGCAGAAAGAGGCCCGCGGAAGAGGAUGAAGGUGGCGAGGAGGACGAGGAGAGGAUGGACGAGGAUGCUGAGGGUGAGAUGGAUGACGAGGAGGAUGAAGAUGAGGACGAAGAGGACGAAGAGGAUAUUGACGAAGGCCGGCCCAAGAAGCGAACGAAGCACCGGCACAAGAAACGUAACGCCGUGAAUCGUUUCCUUGAUGUCGAAGCCGAGGUCGACGAAGACGAAGAGGAUGAAGAGGAUGAAGAGGACUAUGGCAGAGAGGGUUUCAUUGAAGAGGGCGCGGAGGAUGAGGUUGAUGACAUUCGUAGAGCCGUGGAUCAUGCAAGACUAGAUCGACGAGAACGAGAGUUCGAUGACCAAGACCUUGCACGGAUUGCUGAAGAUUACCAGAAGCGGUCCAAGCAGUCUGCAGUCAGAUAUACAGGGGACAUGAAUGAGAUCCCCCAACGGUUGCUCAUGCCAUCCGUUCACGACGCCAAUUUGUGGCAAGUCAGAGUGCGGCCAGGCAAGGAGCGUGAUAUUGUUUUCAGUCUUAUGCGAAAAGCUAUAGACCUGGAGUACACGAACAAACCCUUGUCAAUUCUCUCUGCUUUUCAGCGUGACUCCCUUCCUGGGAUGAUCUAUGUCGAAGCCCGCAGCUCCAAGCAAGUCAGUGAAGCCAUCAAUGGACUCGUUGGUGUCUUCCCGAGCCGAGGAGUCAACCUGGUGCCUAUAGAGGAAAUGGCUAGUCUACUGCAAAUCAAGAAGCAAGAUCUGACGGUCACUCCGGGAUCAUGGGUUCGUAUCAAGCGGGGCAAGUACCAGGGUGACCUUGCGCAGGUCAUGGAUAUCACGGAGAACGGCGAGGAAGUCGGUCUCAAAUUCAUCCCUCGCAUCGACUUGAAUCCCAAGGACGACACUACGAUUGACGGCCGAAAGCGGAAGAAGCUGGGCUUUGGCAACUCGGCUGUGACCAUGCGACCACCCCAACGGUUCUUCAACUACGAAGAAGUCGCUAAGGUGUAUGGUCGGAAACAGGUCUCAAAGCGGAACCAGGUCUAUGUCUUUCAAAACGACACGUACAAGGAUGGUUUUAUCGAGAAGGACUUUAAGCUGAGCGCCCUGCAGCUUGAAAAUGUCAACCCUACUCUGGACGAGAUCACACGCUUCACUCGAGGGAUGGACGGUGCGGAGAAUGAGAGCGCUGUUGACCUGACGAUCAUCGCCGAGGCCUCUCGUAAAGCUGCGAUCGCGGUCCUGCAGCCUGGAGAUCACGUCGAAGUGUUCGAGGGUGAGCAGACCGGCGUAGACGGUGUCGUGCAGUCCGUAGAAGGUGAUGUGGUCACUAUCAUCGCCAACAGCAUGGAACUCGAAAAUCAGCGUGUGGACGUUCCUGCGAGGAGUGUACGCAAGAAGUUCAAGCCUGGAGAUCACGUUAAAGUCAUGACUGGUAAAAAUGCUGACGAGACAGGUCUUGUCGUGUCGGUCGAGGGCAAUAUUGUGACCUUCUUAUCCGACAUGUCUAUGCAAGAGGUAUCUGUCUUCUCGAAAGAUCUGCGAGAAGCAGCAGAAGUGGGAUCCGGUACCAAUAUCGUUGGAAACUACGAGCUCCAUGACCUGGUACAAUUAGAUUUGCAAACCGUCGGUGUGAUCUUCAAGACGGAAAGAGACUCCUUCCGUGUCCUUGACCAGAAUGGCCAAACGCGAUUAGUGCAGCCACACCAGAUCUCCAUGCGGAGGGACUCACAUCGUGCUAUUGCCACUGAUUCCGAAGGUCACGAACUACGUGUCGGAGACAACGUGAAGGAGGUGGAUGGCGAGGGCCGAAAAGGACGCAUUCUGCACAUCCAUCAAUCCCACUUCGCCUUCCUGCAUAAUCGAGACUACAACGAGAAUGGCGGAGUCUUCGUUACUCGAGCCCGUUCUCUGGCAUCCUUGGCUCCGAAGGGCAACCUCCUAAAGCCCGGGACUGACCUGUCAAAAAUGAACCCUGCUAUGACUGGCGGUGCUCCAGGGGGUAUGGCAGGAUCAGCAAUGGGUCGUGGGCCUAGAGACAGGCUGAUAGGGCUCACCGUGGCGGUCAUCAAGGGCACGUACAAGGGCCACAUUGGGACAAUAAAGGACACGAAUGGUCCGGCUGCCCGUGUGGAACUUCAUACCAAUAACAAGAUCAUUACCAUCGAGCAAGAUAAGUUGAAGCACAGACUAUCCGACGGCCGACUUAUCCCACUUGACCAAGUAAGGUUCGGCGGGUUCGGCGGCGGGAGUAUGGGCCCUCCGCGGACUGCGAACCCAUACGCGCAGAAUGGGGGCCGUACACCUGCUGGCGGCGGCUGGGGUGGCGCAACGCCAGGGGCUGGGUGGGGAGCUCCCCCGUCCCGCACGCCUAAUCCAUACAAUGAGAGCGGGAAGACCCCUGCGUGGAACGUCUCCUCUCGCACGCCGAAUCCGUACGCGAUGGACGGCGGCAAGACCCCUGCUUGGAACGCCGCGACCCGGACGCCCAACCCAUACGCGGAUGGGUCGAGGACACCUGCCUGGAAUGUGGGUUCGCGGACGCCGAAUCCGUACGCGAGUGGAGGUGCAGGGGCAUCGUCAGGGUGGGGCGGCGCUACACCCGGACGGCCAAGCGAAUCAAGUGGUGGUUGGGGGAGCGGGUCUGGGAGUGGUGGGUGGGGUGGUGCUUCGCCCAGUAAAGGCGGAGGCGGUUGGGGAUCGUCGAGCGAAUCAUGGUCCGCACCUACUCCUGCAGCACCGAGUGACGGUUGGGGGUCUGCACCCACACCAGGAAUACCACAGACGCCGGCCAACUUCGCCACGCCAGGGGCUUAUGGGGCGACCAAGACACCUGGCGCGUACCCGUUCACGCCGGCUGCCACGGGAGGCACUAUGAUAGAAAGCGAGACGUACGAGGUCCCGAAGGACUGGCUUGCCGAUGCCGCGCUGCCAGUAAAGAAGGGCAUCAUGGUGCAGUUCAAGGGCACCUUCGGCGACGGCGGGCUGCCUGCCUGGAACAACGGCAACUACGAAUCGCGUAUCGGGCAGGUUCUGUUCGUCUCGGAAGGGGAUCGAACCCGCGAUAUCUCGGCCACUGCGAACCUACAGCUGGAGAAAGGCGAGGAGGUCGCUGCCGUGCCCGUACGCUAUCUGGUGCCGGUACCGCCACAGGCGAAGGCGAAGGCAGUGGUGCUGGAGGGCAAGAUGAAGGGGCAGAUCCUGCAUGUGAUGGAGCCCGGUGUCGGGGAUCGGUGGGUGUGCACGGAGAGCUGGAAUAUGUUUGAGGAGAUACCAGGGGAUAGGCUGGUUUUGUUUAAGGACUGAGUGUUGCCCGUUCUGCUUUUUGUGUUGCUGUAGCUUCUUUGCUGUAAAUUAUAACAUACUACUCCUGCCAGGACAAUUGGCUGUACCUUCGAGGCCCGGGC